AUGCACCUUAAAGAUUACCGCGACCCGCAGCUGCCAUCUCCGGAAAUUUCGCGGACCCUGACUCACAAGUUCGAACCGCACCCUCACCUACAUGACCUAGCCUGCGCCCCCAGCUUCGCAACCAGAGGAGACGGCGGAGGGUGGCGGAAGAUGGCGAAAGGUUUCGACGAUCUCAUCGAGUUUUUGCUCGAGGAAAUCGCCCUGCGCGGCGAGCAAGGCGCAAGCACUUCCGACUUCAAGGACCUUAUUCGCAAAUUUUAUGCCGAACAGGACAGUGAUGUUCGUCCUGGUGGACGUUCGGGCCGUGACGCGGCAUCGACGCAGCAUGCUGACCGCCGUCUGCAAGAGAAGGUCUGGAUAUGGCUGACGGCGCAUCCGGACAUUUGCUUGAACGGAGACCAGAGUGCGCAGAUCCCAUCUCUCGCAGAAUUCGAGGCCCUCGAGAGCCAGGCAAAGUCCAAUCCGGUGACUGAGCCUCCGGCCGCUGGUGAAGACGGGGCAGCUGCCUCCGCUGAAGAUGCUACCCCCAAACUUUUUGUGAGCGAGGAGCGUAUGUGGAUGGCCAUGACCGGACAUGGCGUCGAUCCGAAACGGAUACCCCGCCACGAGUUUAUUAUCUUGUCCAUCAUCGCAGCCCAUGGCGAGAAGGGUGUCGUACAGCCAGAGAUCACUCGCAUCAGCGGCCAGGAUAAGCGCUCUGUACCGAAGCGGACGGAUAAUCUGGCCAAGCAUGGCUACAUCACCAAAGUCCACGUCCUCGCCAAGGGCACGCGUACUAGUCUUUGUACCCUCAAGAGAUACGCAAAGACGCAAAGGCAGAAGAAAGCUGCUCUGCCUCCUAUUCACGCUCGCUCUACUCCGGAUGAAAUCAAGGCUGUCAUCUUCCAGGACGGCUUACUUCUGUAUGACAAGUUCUUCGACAUCCUCAUGAACAUUCUUCAGGAUUGCAAGAUUGUAACCAUCGAGGACUGCAAGAGGAAACUUGGUAUAACCACCAAGACGUGGGAGAUGAAGUCACUAUGGAGAUCCAUGAGGCGCUUGGAAGGUUUGGGACUUGUCAAGAAGGUGAAGGCUCAGAUCAAAGGGUACGCUGCAAGCCAAAAAUGGUACCGCUGCAUCAAGAUGGUUCGAGAACCUACGCAGCGCGAUAGGAUGAUCUUCGUUACCAUGAGUAUGAAAGAGGCAAAGAAACACAAAAGAGAGACGGAGGCUGGGGCGGAUGAGGAUGCCGAGGGCGACCUUGAUCCUGAUGAGGAGGUAGAGGAAGCCGGUGCAAGCCAAGCGUUGGUUCAACAAGAAAGCGACGUCCAAGAGAUCAAAAGGCUUCCGCCGCAGUGGGAUCCUGACCGGCCUGUUAUCAAUCUGCUCUGGGACAUCAUCAGGGCCACUGGUCAUUCGGGUGCUACAACUGCCGUCAUCCGUGAUCAUGGUCUGGGAACCUUCUACCGUCGCCCCAUCGAUGCUAUUCUCGGCCGUAUCUCCGAUAUCUGGCACAUCUCUCAACCGCCUCACCUUCGUCACUUUGCUAUCAUCCGAGAUACGGGUCAAAGUGACAAAUACCUGCAUUACGUCUACCGCACAUAUGGCAAUUUCCAGCUUGCCGUUGACGUUGGAGAGGCUGCCUGGGAAGUUGUUAUCACGCAGCCUGUGAACAUGAAUCCUGGCAAGAAGCCUCGAGCCAAAAACCAGAAGAACGUUCGAGAGACAGUCCACCGUGAGUAUGGGGAGCUCGAUGAAUGGGGAUUUCCGAAGAUCCACGAAUCCUGCUUCGAAGGUCGUAAUGGCAUGGGUACUCUGAAGGACGCGAACAAGUCUGUCAUGGCAAACCUUAAGCCCCUCCCGAGCCGUGGUUACAUGCCAGCCUUCAUCACUGGAGGCUACACCCGUUCGCAACGUGAGGUUUCGGUUGACUCGGACGAUGAUUUCCCGCCAGCUUCUUCUCGAAAGAAAUCAGCAGCGGGCGUUGACAAGCCAAAGAGAAAAUAUGCACGGCGAUCGACCAAUGGACCGGGUCCCAGCCGAAAGAGGAAGUCCUUGCUCAAUCAAGAGAUUCCGCUUACACCGGAGCAGACUCAGAACACCAACAACAAUAACAUAACUACUGAGGAUGCAACGGAGGCUUUCGGUGACAUGUUCGACGGCAACACGGAUAACCAUGGUGCGGGCGCAGCCUCCGAGACCCCGCCAGCCAAGAGAACCUACAAACGCAGGAAGUUGAAUAAACCUACCGAAGAGCCUGACGCCGAAGUUGAGAAACGGCAACCCGGAGUUUAUGUUAACCCUGACUGGGGUAAGAAACCACGGGAUCCGACUGCCAAGGGUCGACCGAAGAAAGCCAAGGUGGUUGUCAUUGUGAUGAAUACGCUGAAGGGCCUUGACAUCGGCACACCCGACUUCACCGCGAAGGUUGCGGAUGCUAAAGCAAGAUCUGAUGCUCAUCUCCAGGAGGCAAGGAGUCAAGCGGCGGCUCGUCAGAAGCAGCUUCUGUCGGAAUCGUUGUCUGGCGCUAACAAUUCUAUUGAAGCUCUAGCUAAUUCUCAGUCAACAAGCAUCCCUGGAGUAGACCAGCCCAUCAGUAACAGUGCUUCAGAGCAGACUCCAAGUGCUGAUACGCAGGCGGUAUCUGCACAAGCAAUAACCCAAGGCCACGAGCCCCGCAUCUCAGGACCAACGGAGCGAAUGCCCGCGUUGCCACUGGCUCCUCAGGACCUGCCUCGCCCGAGUAAUUCAGCGGAGCCUCCAAUCUUCCACAUGCUUGAUGAAAUGCCUUCUACGCUAUCUUCUACCCCAGUGAAUCGCCCGAACGCCGAUCUGCAGACACAGCAGCUAUCGCCUGCCACCUCGAUUGCGACACCCGGACCCUUAACCCAAACACCAUCAGCUCAGACACCUGCUACUGCCCCUAAAAAGCGUGGAAGAGCACGAAAGGAUCCUAACGCACCCCCAAAGCCUCGCAAGUCGGCUAAGAAGAACACUGGAGAUACGGCCACCGCCUCAGCUGCCAACGGUGGACCUACCCAACAGCUCUUGUCUGCCUACCUCAAAUCACCUGCUCCUACUCUUGGUGAAGAUUCUGCUGCUUCGGCCUCCGCCGCGGCGAUUGGGGCCUUGCAAACCCCGAAACAUGAUGUGGCUCCGGAAAACCAGACACUGAGUGCCUUUUUCGACACCAGCUGCUACAUCGCCAAUUAUGGCAUCGACUCACCUUGGUGGCUCAACUUCAGUGAGCGGUGCUAA